AUGUCGAGCUUCUCCGAUCUUUCCAACCAGGUCGUCCUACCUCCGGUUGAUCGAUUGUACCUCCGACUAGCCCUGGGGUUGAAGUACGACUUCUCCUUGGAAACGGUACCGAUCGAGCACUCGGCUCAGUGCGUGGAGGUGGAGCUGAAUCUGGACGCUCUCUUCCUUGAGCACUGGCUCGUGCUCCCCGCCUUCAUCGGUUCAUCCACCAGAUGCCUGCACGUCCGUUGCUACGGUGACACCUGGUUCGACAUCCCAGAGGAAGAGGACCUGAUUCACGCCGGACCUCCUUUCGACAGUCUCGACAUCUUUACCCUCUUCACCGGCACAGAGUACGGUUUCGGCAGUCCCGGUCAUCGUGCCCGUGAGGAUGUCAAAGCUGCGCUCCGCGGGUUAAUGGUGGUGGCGAUGCCGCGUGCGACGCGCUGGUCGACCGGUCUCGAGACGUGGCCGGCCAAGGUGCUUAUCGUGACUGCCGUCACAAAGGAGGUUUCGACGCUGCAGCCAAGGGCCCUGAAGACCGCCGAUCUGAAGCCCAAGAUGACAACGCAGGAGUUCCUGGAGGACCUGCACAAGACGCAAUCCCAGAAGGAGCAUUCCAAGGCUGCAGCCAAGAGUGCGGCGUUGGAGGACGACACCGGUGAUGCCCCUACUCCGAACGGAAGCAGCGCCGUCGGCGAGAACGACAAGACGACCAGCGACAGGGGUCAAAGCUCUCAAGCCUCCAGCAGCAGCGACCCCGGCAUUGACUAUGCAUGUGCUUUCUCCCUCAUCAUAUCGUUUCUCGACUGGUCGACCCUGCUCGCUCUUCGCGGUAUAUGCCAUCUCAUCAGGGACGCCGUGGACGACUAUCUCACGGUCCCCGAGAUGAUGUUCGAGAUCCGACCCCCAAAGCGGCCCAACGCGUUCCUCGUCUACGCUUGCAUCGGUGGAUUCGACCGCCUGCUGCCCUUCUUCGCCAACGCCAGCGGCAGCGCACGCCAGAUGAUCGCUUUGCGCCAGGCAAAGGCGAUCUCGCUCAGCGGCCGCAUGCACCCAAUCGUCAACUUCAUGUUCACGCAGCUCACCGCGAGCGCGACAGUGUUCAUCGAUCUCGUCACCGGUACAUCCAAAUGUCCCAUCGACCUACCCCCCAUCCGCCGCCUCAUCAUCGGUGAAGACCAAGUCGCCGCCUGGUCUGGCCUCGCACUCGGCCUGCACGUCCGGCACGCAGCGCAAGAGGUCGAAGUCCGCAUCCCCCUCGGCGGCUCGUGGCUAGACUGGGCCCUCGGCCCACUGCUAUGCCAAACGGCCUUCUCCUCCCUCCUGCGUCCGCGCACGCAGCGCCUAACCUUGCGCGCCGACGGCCGCGUCGCCGCCUUCCUCGACACGGUCAAGCUGCUCUUCCCUGUCUCCGCGCACCCGAACCUGAACAUAGCGGUUGCCCUGCGCACCGACGAGUGGUGGGAGCGCGUGCAGCCGAGCGGGAUUGUGGCGCGCCGCAUCGCGGCCGUGUUCGGGGUCAGGGUUCAGCAGGUCUCGGCCCAGGUCCAGGACGCGGGCGCGCUCAUGCGCUGGAUCCAGGCAGCUGCUAUUGAGGAGAGGCGGCGCGAGAUUGCUAGGCAGCUGGCUGCCGUUGAAGAGGAGGAUGAGGAGGAGGAGGAGCUCGAGGACUGGGAGAUCGACGGGGAGUGGUUCGGGAAGAAGGCGAAGUGA